AUGGCCGGGGACAGCGAUCAGACCCUGCAGGACCACCAGCAGCCCAACGGCGGAGAACCCUUCCUCAUUGGCGUCAGCGGGGGCACAGCCAGCGGCAAGUCAUCCGUUUGUGCUAAGAUUGUGCAACUCCUGGGACAGAAUGAGGUCGACUAUCACCAGAAGCAAGUAGUCAUCCUUAGCCAGGAUAGCUUCUACCGCGUCCUCACUCCAGAGCAGAAGGCCAAAGCCCUGAAGGGCCAGUUCAACUUCGAUCACCCGGAUGCCUUCGAUAAUGAACUCGUCUUCAAAACACUCAAAGAAAUCACAGAAGGGAAAACAGUCCAGAUUCCCGUGUAUGAUUUUGUCACCCAUUCCCGGAAGGAGGAAACAGUCACUGUCUACCCUGCCGAUGUUGUGCUUUUUGAGGGGAUCCUGGCCUUCUACUCCCAAGAGGUACGAGACCUGUUCCAGAUGAAGCUCUUUGUGGAUACAGAUGCGGACACCCGGCUCUCCCGCAGAGUAUUGAGAGACAUCAGCGAGAGAGGACGGGACCUUGAGCAGAUUUUAUCACAGUACAUUACCUUCGUCAAGCCUGCCUUUGAGGAAUUCUGCUUGCCAACAAAGCAAUAUGCUGAUGUUAUUAUUCCUAGAGGUGCAGAUAAUCUAGUGGCCAUCAACCUCAUCGUGCAGCACAUCCAGGACAUCCUGAAUGGUGGGCUCUCCAAACGACAGACCAACGGCUAUCUCAACGGCUACACCCCUUCACGCAAGAGGCAGGCGUCAGAGUCCAGCAGCCGGCCACAUUGA